AUGGAACCAACAUUAAAGAAUAUUCUAGAGAAUCCAUCUCUAAAGUGGAUCUUCGUUGGAGGAAAAGGAGGAGUAGGAAAAACAACCACUUCAAGUUCUUUAGCCACAUUAUUUGCCAAGAGUGGCAAGAAAACAAUAAUAAUCUCAACUGAUCCUGCUCAUAAUCUGAGUGAUUGUUUUGAUUAGAAGAUAGGAGGUCAACCUAUCUUAAUUAAAGGAAUCGACAAUUUAAGUGCAAUGGAAAUUGAUCCCACCGUAGAUCCAGAUAAACUAAAAUUGCCAACUCUCUAAGGAUUUAUGAAUGACUAGGCUACAAAGUCUUUGCUAUCUGAAUUAAUCAGUUCAGUGCCAGGAAUUGAUGAAGCAAUGAGUUUUGCUGAAUUGAUGAAUUCUGUGGAUGAGAUGAAGUACGAUUUGAUUAUAUUCGAUACAGCACCCACUGGACACACAUUGAGAUUACUCAAUUUUCCUAAUAUCAUGGAGAAGGGAUUGAAUAAGUUGGUGCAAUUGAGAUAUAAUUUCUAAAAUUUGGCUUCUUAAUUUUAAGGACUAUUUGGAUCACAAGAGGAAUUCGACCAGUAGAUGAAUCAAAUGUUUAGUAAGAUUGAGACCAUGAAAGACACUGUCACUAAGGUCAAUGCAUAAAUGAAGGAUAAAAAUAAAACAACUUUCAUUGGUGUUUGCAUUCCAGAGUUCCUUUCUAUGUAUGAAACUGAAAGACUUGUGUAAGAACUAACCAAAUUCAAAAUAGAUAUUCAUAACAUAGUUAUAAACUAAGUGCUCUUCCCAGAUGAUCAAUGCAAAAUGUGUAAUGCCAGAGCUAAAAUGCAAAAGAAAUACUUAGAUCAAAUGAUCGAUUUAUAUGAUGAUUUUCAUGUAGUUAUUAUGCCACUCUAAGAAAACGAGGUCAGAGGAAUUGAUGGUCUCAAGCAAUUUUGUGAACUGUUAUUAAAGCCUAAAACUGUGCCAUAAGUUUGAUUAAGGGGUUAUUUAAUAUAUAUUUAAUAAUAAAA